UCUUUUCCUUAGUUUUCAUGGAAUUUACAUGGAUUCCGACCUCCCCUUGUACACGAAGAGAGAGAAGCUAAUUGCUUUAGCUUCUUUCCACCUUCAUUUCUCUCCUCCUUCUCCUCGCCGGCCGCCUCUUGUUGCAGUCUUUCCGGUGCCAUUUUCUUGGCAUCACACCCACCCUUUUAUUCAUUUUCUUUGAGAAUUUAAUGGCUCUGGUUCCUUCUGAAGAUUCAUUUUCGCUUGUGAAUACCACGGCUGUCGCCAUUGAUAAGGACAAGAACAGCCAGCAUGCUGUUCGUUGGGCUAUUGAUCAUCUCAUUGUGAAUAACCCGAUCAUCGUCCUUAUUCAUGUUCGUCAUAAAACCAAUCUACAUCAUCGUAGAUCCGUUGUAGAACCUAGCAAUGGGAAUGAUCAUGAUUCUGAUGAGGUUCAACAACUUUUCAUUCCCUUUCGUGGAUAUUGUGCUCGCAAAGGGGUGCAGUUAAAGGAGAUUGUGCUAGAGGAAAAUGAUGUUGCACGAGCACUUUUGGAAUUUAUCAGUAAAAACUUUAUUGGAAGUAUUGCUGUGGGUGCUUCGACAAGAAAUGCUCUCACCAGGUUUUAUUCUAUCAGGAAAUUCAAGAACCAAGAUGUGCCGACUAGCUUGAUAAAAUCGACUCCGGAUUUUUGUUCUGUUUACGUAAUUUCGAAAGGAAAGAUUGCGUCUGUAAGGACAGCGCAACGGCCUGCUAAUAAUCCUCCCAUUCCACCAAAAGUUCCUGCUCCACUAGCCCUUCCAGCUCCAGUACCGCAAGAUAACUUCGAUCAUUAUGACGAAGGAAUGAGUAGAGGAAGUUCCGCGAGAGGAUAUUACAGGAAUCAAGUAUCAGAGAGAUUAUAUAGUGAGAAAAACAGUGAUUCUCAUAGAGGGCAAGUCCGUGACCGAAUCAGAAGUCCGUCCAAUGUUUCAAUGGACAGCAUUGACAUUUCUUUCCCAGGAUCAGCAGCGCCGAGAAACUCAACUAGCUGCCGCGAUUCUACAUCUGAAGAUCCUGAUUUUUCAUCUCCAUUUGCUCUAGGAUCCAUAGACAUUUCUUCUCAAAAUUCGGAUUUUGCGCUAGGGUCUCCUAAGGAUCUUGCUUCCACACAAGCUGCACGAGACAUAGAAUCCGAGAUGAGAAGAUUGAAGCUUGAACUUAGGCAGACAAUAGAUAUGUAUAGUACAGCAUGCAGAGAAGCACUGUCAGCCAAAAAGAAGGCUAAUGAGCUACAUCAAUGGAAGAUAGAGGAGGUGCGAAGAUUUGAGGAAGCUAGGCAUGCUGAAGAGGCAGCUCUUGCCAUUGCAGAAAUGGAGAAGGCCAAGUGCAAAGCUGCAAUGGAAGCAGCUGAGAAAGCGCAGCGAUUAGCAGAAAUGGAAGCACAGAAAAGAAAAUUUGCGGAGUUGAAAGCUAAGCAAGAGGCAGAAGAGAAGCAUCGUGCACUAAAUGCUUUGGCACACAAUGAUGUUCGGUACAGAAAAUACAGUAUUGAAGAAAUAGAAGAAGCUACUGAAAAAUUCGCAAUGAAGAAUAAGAUUGGUGAAGGUGGCUAUGGACCUGUGUACAAAGGCAAACUCGAUCACACAGCAGUCGCUAUCAAGGUUUUAAGACCCGAUGCUGCUCAAGGGAAGAAGCAAUUCCAACAGGAGGUUGAGGUUCUGAGCAGCAUUAGACAUCCGCAUAUGGUGCUUCUUCUUGGCGCCUGUCCAGAAUAUGGAUGCUUGGUAUAUGAAUACAUGGACAAUGGUAGCUUGGAAGAUAGGUUGCUUCGAAAGGACAACACGCCUCCGAUUUCAUGGAGAAAAAGAUUCAAGAUAGCUUCAGAGAUUGCAACUGCACUUCUAUUUCUACACCAAGCAAAGCCAGAGCCCCUAGUCCACCGUGAUCUCAAACCAGCUAACAUCCUGAUAGACAGAAACUAUGUGAGCAAGAUUAGUGAUGUUGGGCUAGCACGGUUAGUCCCCCCAUCUGUAGCCGAUACUGUAACGCAGUAUCACUUGACCUCGGCUGCAGGUACAUUUUGUUAUAUAGAUCCUGAAUAUCAACAAACCGGGAUGUUGACUACUCGGUCCGAUAUUUACUCAUUGGGAAUAAUGUUGCUCCAAAUAAUCACCGCCAAGCCUCCGAUGGGCCUUGCUCACCAUGUGGGGAAGGCUAUCGAAAGAGGAACAUUCGAAGAGAUGCUUGAUGCUGCAGUUACAGAUUGGCCAGUUGAAGAGGCAGUAAACUUUGCUAAAUUGGCAUUAAAAUGUGCUGAACUAAGAAAAAAGGACAGGCCUAAUCUUGCCACAGUUAUAGUCCCAGAGCUCAGCAGGUUGAGAGAUCUCGGAAAGAACAAUGGCGAUUCACAAAGUAAUAACGACCACCAUCACCACCACCACCACCAUCAUCAUCAUUAUCGAAAUCCUGCUCAGAAUAGUAAGACUCGCAGCCGCAGCCCUCUACAACAUUCUUCCCCAGCUUUACCUCCAAGGAUAUCAAGCAUAACUCAGGAAAUGUCGCAUAGAACGUCUGAGGGAGUACCGUUACCUAUUGUAAGAGAAGAUGAAAGUGGUAGAAGUUGAUAUUGACCAACUGAUAUACAUACUAUACAGAAUCAAUAGUGGAAAGCUGUUUUUUUGAUCAAACAAGAAAUGUAGAGAUGUUUAUAAGGAAGAAGUUGAAGAAUGCUGGCCAGUUGAGUUGUAAGUUUAAUAUUAACAAAAAACUAGUAAAUGCUGUAUAUCAGAAGCAAUGAGAGACGAGAACUAAAUUAUCUUCAGACUGUUUUUCAGUUCUUGUAAAAAUGGCUACUGAAAUUGUACUAGAAAAAAGUUUUCCAUAAUUAUUGUGCUGCAACUGCAAGCACAACAGAUAGUAAUUUUUGUUAAUAACAUUGUACAAUCUUAAAUUUCCUCUGUUUUCUUGUA